AUGGAGAACGAGCGGGACCCCCAAAUUAUGUCGCGAGACGCUGUGCGAGCACUUUUCCAGAGCUACGUGCUUGAUCCGUUGAAGUUCUGCAUCCUUGGAGCCAGUGUGGCCUACAGUUUGUCUCCUGCCAUGCAUAAUGCGGCCUUCCAACAUUGCGGUAUGAGCCACGUUUAUAGGAUACCCGAGACUCCCUCGCUGGCAGUGUUGGAUGACUUGCGCCAGGAUCCGAAUUUUGGAGGGUCCAGUGUCGUCCAGCCGUGGCGAGUGGAAGUCUAUCACAAACUUGCAGCCAAAAGUCGGCACGCUGAAGCUAUUGGCGCAAUCAACACAAUUAUGCCGUUGCGAGGACAUCCAGAUGGCACAAUGUUUACUCUCCAGGAGCAGGCUAGUCGACGCAACCAGGCAGGCCCGGUGCUCGGCUGGUACGGAGAGAACACGGACUGGGUGGGUAUCAUGACCUGUGUGACUCGCCAUCUGUCGCCUCGCAAUGCGAUUAGUGCAAAGACCACCGGUCUCGUCAUUGGAGCUGGCGGUAUGGCCCGGUCUGCCAUAUACGCAAUGCUUCGUCUGGGCUGUCGAAAAAUCUUUAUCUACAACCGAACCCUUUCACGGGCGGAAGAAGUUGCCAGGCACUUCAACUCGUGGGCAUCUUCUCAAGUUGCCUCGGCAGAGGUUGUCCGAGUCUUGAGGUCGACCCAGGAUGAUUGGCCUGACGAUGCCAAUCCACCUAGUCUCAUUGCAUCAUGUGUGCCUGCCGACCCAGACCGUAACGAGCCCCCCGCGAACUUUGAGAUGCCCCUGCAGUGGCUAGGAAGUCCAACUGGAGGAGUGGUGUUAGAGCUGGCUUAUAAGCCUCUCGACACUCCUCUUCUACAGCAGAUGCGUCGUAUCCGGAGUGAUACCGGACGGUCGUGGGUUCUAUCGGAUGGUUUGGAAAACGUGAUUGAACAGGGAAUUGCUCAAUUCGAAUUGAUGACCGGCCGCAAAGCCCCUCGAAGACUGAUGGCCCUGGAGGUCUUGCGUCACUAUGAGGGUGACAGUGGACGAUUUGACGAAAAGACGAUUCAAGAUCGACUGGACGGCGUUUGCUCGUAG